AUGAAGGAGCGAUCCAAUGAAGGGGCUCAUGGAGCGGGCGAUCCUCUUCGAUGCUUCUUUGAUAGUGUAGACUCAACCGCCCUAGAAGAGGAUGACUUAGAGGUGCCGAGGAAAAGUCCAUCCUCAAAGGUUGGUGGACCGAGCCCGAGGUUGAUCAAUCGGUUCCCCACUCCGAGCACGGAUCCUGGCCGUAAGCGAUCAGUAGUUAUCACCGUCUCGGAGGAUGCUUGGGUUCUUUCCACCCCCGUCGGGAUAGCUAGCUACCUCCGGUGCCUAGUAACCAAAGAAGAUCAUGUAAAAAUGAACGAAGUGGAUGCGCUAUGCUUGUUCAAUGAAGCGCAACAGGCACUGAACCGGGCCUCGGUGCUCCACCUUGAAACCUUUCUCCGGUACCGGGAUGAGCUUAGCCAACUCAAGGCUGAAGUCAAAGAGCUUGCUGAGAAGAGGGAAAUGUAUAAGCUUCUCAACGAGCAACGUGAAGGAGAAGUCAAGAAUCUCCGGGCUGAGUUGGACACGGCUAAAAAAGAACAUGCCGCCCUAGUGGAACAGGUAAAUAUCUUUGAAGUUAGUGAUGAUGGGUUAUGCAUGGUGACUAACGGUCAAAACUCGCAAGUCCAUCAGAAGCUUGAUCGGAUCGACCAGCUUCGAGCCGAGAUGGACGAGGUCAAGGCCAUGGCCGAAGAGUGGAAAAGCAAAAUUGACCGGUUGGCUUCAGAAAAGGAGACUGCCCGGGAGCAACUGGCCUCGACUGAGGUCCAACUUCGAGCGGUGAGGGAGAAAGAGGAGCCCCGAUCCCAAAAAAUCGAAGACCUCCAGUCUCAACUGGGCUCGGCCGUUGCUGAACGGGAUACCCUUGACAAGGAUCUUAAAAUAGCCAAACCAGCAGUGGAAAUAACUAGGGCCGCUGUUGCAGAGAUGGUGGCCCAGUACAGAGCUGACGCUGAGUCCCGAAGAGAGGCUCUCGAGGAAGUUCAUGCCCGGGGUUUCGACCUAUCGGCCAAGAUCAAAAAUGCUAAGAGGCUCAAGGCCGAGGCCAAGAAGUUGGCAGAUCCCGAGGACGAGGAAGGCUUCGAGGGUUCCGGCGAAUCCGUGGACGGAAAAGAUCCUGAUGAUCCCGGUGAUGAGACGGGCUCCAGCAAAGAUCAGGCCUAG